GGACGACGAAUAGCAAAGCCCUAUUUUAUUUCAAGUUGCUAAUUUGGAUACAAAAAGCUUCCCACCAUCUUUACUUUUAUAUUCUUAUUUUUCAGUAUUGUAUGUGGUGGUUUUUUGUGCAUGUUUGAUCUAACACAAAGGAUCAUGUUGUGCAUCAUGCACCCAAUAAAUACAUAUAAUUUAACGUAAAAGAUAUACAAUUCAGAAUAAAAGAACAUAUCUUAUCUUUACUCAUAAAAUAACAUACAAUUCAUAAUUAGUGAAAAAAACAUAGUUUUUUUUAUCCACAUGAGCCACAGGCUGUACAAAGUACAAAGAAGGGGAGGAGGGAUUUGAACCCGUGACCUAUCGUUCACAACACCUCAAUUUUAAGCACUAGGCGAAGACAUUCUUGGUUAGUGAAAAUAAACAUAGUGACGUGAUAUGACGUAGUUGUAUGAUAGUCAUUCUCAGUAGGAUCCUUGUUUUAAUAGAGUUGAUGUGAUUUAAUAUCCUUGCAAAAGUGAAGUAUUUAUAACAAAGUACUAAAUUCUAAUGAGUUGUGAAAGUUUAUCUUGAAGAUAAAAUUGGUAAAGCUCCCCUUUUGGCAAAUGGCUAAACUAUGUUAUUAUUAUUCUGCCUUAUGCAUUCUCCCAUGAGAUUGAGUAGGAUAGGUUAGCUAGAUUCUUGAGAAUAACCAGGCUCAAAAGUUUCUUUUUAGAUCUUUUAGCUAGACUUCUACAGGAGGCCAAGUUUCAAGGAGAAGAAACAUUCAAUUUUGAGACAUGAUCUUUGAAGCCAAAAAAAGAUACUUAAAAAAUCCUUAGCCCCUCAAAAGGGAUAUCCCAAAUGUUGAUAUGACCCAAAAUAUCAACUCCAUGUAUAUAUAUGCAGCACAUCAUUCCAUAAUCUGUAUGAAAUUUGAUCAGCAUCAGAUUCCAAAAUGAAACCCCAAAAAGUAAAACAGAAUUUUUUUACUAAGCUCUUAAAAAUCUCCUCUUCCAACCCCAAAAACAAAGCAAAAAUUACUGGGGCAGUUUCUCCAGCCAUUUGGUCCAGCCCUCCUGAAAUGUCAAUGUCAACAAAGUACUGUUGCAUGCUAAUGAGGGUGUCCAUUGACUGCAAAGGGUGUUACAAAAAAUUAAGAAGAACUCUUAUCAAUAUGAAAGAGGUGGAAACACAUGUGAUAGAAAGGCAAUACAACAGGGUAAGCGUGUGCGGGAGAUUCAGGCCAUCUGAUGUAGCCAUUAAGAUCAGGAGAAGAAUGAAUCGACGGGUCGAGAUUUUGGAAAUUCAAGAGUUCGAUGAUGGAGGAGGUCCUCCUGAACAACAACAACAACAACAACAACAACAACCACCCGUUGAUAAUCAGCCACCUAUUGCAAAUGGUCACGCUCAUAUUGCAUGAUGUACAAUUGUAUUUUCAUUUUUCUUAUGAAGCCCUUUUGGCUUUUUCCCAUUAUGUAUGAUAUUUGUUACUUGUGACAUACUACGAUUGAGAAAAUCUCGUGGACAAUUAGGAAUGAAUAGUUGAAUACCCCUACAAAAACAAGUGAUUUAUGA